CAAGAUAUAAAUCAAAUAUCUCAAAAAAGAAAAAAGGAAACAAUAGUCCAUUUUAUUUUGAAAUUCAGUCGGAAAUUAAGUUUCAGGGUUUUUAAAAAUUUCAAAUUUUAGUUUCAGUAUUGGUAAAAUCAGCCUACUGAUACCAUGAACCUGAAUCCUAAUACUUUUUCUUAUGAAACUACGUCAACCUUUUUCAUUUCCAGUUAGUUUAAUACAUUAGAAAAAUGAAUAUGUUGAAAUGAUUUCCUAAAGGUAGUGCUCAGAGAAACCUGUUUGGAGCUGGAGAUGAUAAUUGGCAAAAUAGAGGUGGUCAGACUAAUCCACGUGUGACUUUUCAAGAUCAAGGAAACAAUCCUUAUAAAUGGUCUUCACAUCAAGGAUUAGGGAAUAAGAGCAGAGUGGAUAACCUACAAACUCCAUCUAUUGAUGUUAUAAGUAAUUUACCUAAAGAAAUGGAAACAUGGGAGAAAUCUAAAAUGUGGCAAUUUUCCUGCUUUUCUUUAGAAAAUAGUACACCUUGUCUACCAGAUUUGUAUGACAUAUCAUUUGAAGAACUACGUACUGAUGCUUAUCAUGCUAUAAAGAAUGGAAACAUACAGUCCUAUGUAGAAAAGAUAAAAAAGCUGGAGGAUGAGUUUGCAGGCAAAAGAAGACAUCUAAAGCACAUGACAAUGGAGACUAAACAAAAACUGAUAACAUUUCUGGAUGACGUAAGACGUGGCAUUACACACAAAAUUUCUGAUCCAGUUCAAACCAUAUUUGGGCAGAGCAGAAUAACAGAUUCAAAUAGCUCUGGGCAACUUGGAGGUACAAAUAACAGCACAGGAGUAUUUGGUGCAUCAGUGUUUGGCUCAACCAACUCUGGGCCUGGUACUUUUGGAACAUCGGCUGGUACUUUUGGAACAUCGGCUGGUACUUUUGGAACAUCGGCUGGUACUUUUGGAAGAACCAGCCAGCCAGCAGUCAGCACUCCUAGUACAAAUACUUCUUUAUUUGGAGGCAGUGAUCCAAGCAAUUCCUCUUUUAAUAGUUUUGCUAGUUCUAAUUCAUUGCCAAGCUAUUUUUCUAAGCAGAUAACUGGAGUUAGUUCAGGUAGUCCAACCCAUCAAGUUCAUGAUAAUUCACAAAGUAACAUCUUUGGAGGAAAUCAAAGUGGAUUAUUUGGCAAUGAAAGGAAUUCUUCAAGCAACAAUCCUAUUGGAUCUUUCUCUAACAGUCAAGUAUCCUCACCAAGCAGUUGGUUAGGGAAACCCCAGCCAGGAGUGCCCUCUAUCAACCUCCCUUCUGAUCUCUUUGGAAAGAGUGCACAGUCUACACCUGUUUUUGGUUCAGCCUCAACCAAUCAAGCCUCCGUUUUUAAUACAAGCAUAUCACAAGUGCAGGCAUCACAAGCAACCAAUUUGUUUGGAAAACCAUCCACACAAAAUGUGUUUAACAAUCCCAUUCCAAGCAUGGGAAAGCAAAAUUAUCAAGCUUCAAUAAGCUCUAACACAAGCAGUAAUACCUCAAAACUUUUUACACCUUUGACUGAUUUGACGGAUUUAGAAAAAGAAGCAUUUAAUGCCAAAGCUUUUCAGAUUGGAAAAAUACCAUUGCGUCCUCCUCCUCAAGAAUUACUUAAUUUGUAAUUAUUUUCUUAUUUGCUUGAAAUAAAAGUUCUUAAAUAGAUAUA